AUGUCUGAGAAGGUUGAGACCCACGAGUUUACCGCUGAGAUUUCUCAGUUGAUGUCUCUCAUCAUCAACACCGUCUACUCUAACAAGGAGAUUUUCUUGAGAGAGUUGAUCUCCAACGCUUCCGAUGCUUUGGACAAGAUCAGAUACCAGGCCUUGUCCGACCCAUCCCAGUUGGAGACCGAGCCUGAGUUGUUCAUCAGACUCACCCCUAAGCCUGAGGGCAAGGUUCUCGAAAUCAGAGAUUCGGGUAUCGGUAUGACCAAGACCGACUUGAUCAACAACUUGGGUACCAUUGCCAAGUCUGGUACUAAGGCUUUCAUGGAGGCCCUUUCCGCUGGUGCCGAUGUCUCCAUGAUCGGUCAGUUCGGUGUCGGUUUCUACUCCCUUUUCUUGGUUGCCGACCACGUCCAGGUCAUCUCCAAGCACAACGACGACGAGCAGUACGUCUGGGAGUCCAACGCCGGUGGUAAGUUCACCAUCACCUUGGACGAGACCAACGAGAGAAUCAAGCGUGGUACUAUCAUCAGAUUGUUCUUGAAGGAGGACCAGUUGGAGUACUUGGAGGAGAAGAGAAUUAAGGAGGUUGUCAAGAGACACUCCGAGUUCGUCUCUUACCCAGUCCAGUUGGUUGUCAGAAAGGAGGUCGAGAAGGAUGUCCCUGUUGACGAAGACGAGGCCAAGGAAGAGGAGUCCAAGGACGAGGACGACAAGAAGCCUAAGUUGGAGGAGGUUGACGAUGAGGAGGAGAAGAAGGAGAAGACCAAGAAGGUUAAGGAGGAGGUCACUGAGACUGAAGAGUUGAACAAGACCAAGCCUUUGUGGACCAGAAACCCUAACGAUGUCUCCAAGGAGGAGUACAACGCUUUCUACAAGUCCAUCUCCAACGACUGGGAGGACCCAUUGGCUGUCAAACACUUCUCUGUUGAGGGUCAAUUGGAGUUCAAGGCUAUCUUGUUCGUUCCAAAGAGAGCUCCAUUCGAUGCUUUCGAGUCUAAGAAGAAGAAGAACAACAUCAAGUUGUACGUCCGUCGUGUUUUCAUCACCGAUGACGCCGAGGAGUUGAUCCCAGAGUGGUUGUCUUUCGUCAAGGGUGUUGUGGACUCUGAGGACUUGCCAUUGAACUUGUCCAGAGAGAUGUUGCAGCAGAACAAGAUCAUGAAGGUCAUCAGAAAGAACAUCGUCAAGAAGUUGAUCGAGACCUUCAACGAGAUCGCUGAGGACUCCGAGCAGUUCGAGAAGUUCUACUCUGCUUUCUCCAAGAACAUCAAGUUGGGUAUCCACGAGGACCAGCAGAACAGACCUGCCUUGGCCAAGUUGUUGAGAUACUACUCUACCAAGUCCACCGAGGAGUACACCUCCUUGUCUGACUACGUCGUCCGUAUGCCAGAGCACCAGAAGAACAUCUACUACAUCACUGGUGAGUCCAUCAAGUCUGUUGAGAAGUCUCCAUUCUUGGACGCCUUGAAGGCCAAGAACUUCGAAGUCUUGUUCCUUGUUGACCCAAUUGACGAGUACGCCAUGACUCAGUUGAAGGAGUUUGAGGACAAGAAAUUGGUUGACAUCACCAAGGACUUCGAGUUGGAGGAGUCUGAGGAGGAGAAGAAGCAGAGAGAGAAGGAGGUCGAGGAGUUCGAGCCAUUGACCAAGUCCUUGAAGGAGAUCUUGGGUGACCAGGUCGAGAAGGUUGUCGUUUCCCACAAGUUGGUUGACGCUCCUGCUGCCAUCAGAACUGGCCAGUUUGGUUGGUCCGCUAACAUGGAGAGAAUCAUGAAGGCCCAGGCCUUGAGAGACACCACCAUGUCCUCUUACAUGUCUUCUAAGAAGACUUUCGAGAUCUCUCCUAAGUCUCCUAUCAUCAAGGAGUUGAAGAAGAAGGUUGACGCCGAGGGUGCUGAGGACAAGACCGUUAAGGACUUGACUACCUUGUUGUACGAGACCGCCUUGCUUACCUCCGGUUUCUCCUUGGAGGAGCCAUCUUCCUUCGCUCACAGAAUCAACAGAUUGAUCUCCUUGGGUCUUAACAUCGAGGAUGAGGAGCCUGAGACCGCUGAUGUCGGUGCCACUACCACCACCUCUACUGAGGAGCCAGCUGUCGAGUCCGCUAUGGAGGAGGUUGACUAA